AUGAAGUGUGUGGGCAGCGAGAGCCACCUGGGGGCAGUGCGUGCACGGGGGCAAGGCCGUGGGCACUGGGAGGACGCCAGUGUCAUCUGCAUAGGUGCCGACGAUCCACCAGCCCUGACUCCUGUCCCCGAGUCUGAAGAUGCCUCCUCUGUGCACACACUCACAGAGGCCUGGGUGGCUGUGAGGCUGGUGGGUGGUCCAGGGAGAUGCUCAGGCCGCGUGGAAGUUCUGGUCCAGGACACGUGGGGCACCGUGUGUGACGACCUCUGGGACCUGGCUGAGGCUGCCGUCGUGUGCCGCCAGCUGGAGUGUGGCCAGGCUGUGGCGGCCCCCACGAGGGCCCACUUUGGGGCAGGUUCUGGGAAGAUUGCGCUGGACAACAUGCAAUGUGUGGGCAGUGAGAGCCACCUGGGGCAGUGUGUACACGGGGGCGAGGCUGGGCACAACUGCGGGCACCUGGAGGAUGCCAGCGUUGUCUGCACAGCCUAUGAGAACCUACUUCCCACGUCACCGGCAACAACGGUGGCCCAAAACCUACCUGCUUCGGCGCCUCCAGGAGGCUGGGCCCCCGUGCGGCUGGCGGGCGGCCACGGGAGCUGCGCCGGCCGCGUGGAGGUUUUCUACCAGGGUGCCUGGGGAACAGUGUGUGACGACCUCUGGGACCUGCCGGAAGCAAACGUUGUCUGUCGGCAGCUGGGCUGCGGCUGGGCCAUGGAGGCCCCGGGCGAGGCCCACUUUGGGGAAGGUUCCGGGAAGAUCCUCCUGGACAACAUGCAGUGCAGGGGGCAUGAAGAGCGCCUGGACGAGUGCUCCCACACUGGCUGGUUUGCCCACAACUGCGGGCACGGGGAGGAUGCUGGCGUGGUCUGUUCAGGUCCCCCUUUGGAUGUCAUGGCGGAGACGGAGGCUGCAGGAAAAUCUCAGUGUGGCAGAAUCAUUACUAACUCAUCUGGAGCGAUCAGGAAUCCCCCUCGGAAUGAAAUGCAUGACAACAUAACGUGUGUGUGGGAAAUCAGAGGCAACGCAUCUGACCACAUACGACUGGCGUUUCCAUACCUGAACUUAGACUGCACCAAUGAGUAUUUUGAAAUCCUGGACGGCCCUCCAUCCUCAGCAAAGUCCCUGGGGAAGACCUGCUCUGGAACCUAUCUCACCUACUCAUCGUCCUCCAGCUCACUGACGCUCGUGUACUACCGAAGCUACAACAACAUAGGGAAAAACUUCGCAGCAUAUUAUUACUCCGAAGCCAAAGACGCUGUUUCACAGACCCCACAUCUAAUCACGAUCCCAACAGCAACACCCAGAAUGGUAACAGCAAGACCAGGGAACUGGCCGGAGCUGCGGCUGGUGGGCGGCUCAGGACGCUGCUCAGGACGCGUGGAGGUCCUACACCGGGGGGCCUGGGGCACCGUGUGCGACGACCUGUGGGACCUGAACGAAGCCGAGGUCGUGUGCCGGCAGCUGGGGUGUGGUCGGGCCGUGUCCGCCCUCGGGAAGGCCCACUUCGGCCCAGGCUCUGGAGACAUCUUCCUGGAUAACCUGCAAUGCGCCGGGGUGGAGCGCUACCUGGGCCAGUGUGCCCACUCGGGCUGGUUGGAGCACAACUGUGGCCACCACGAGGACGCUGGGGUCAUCUGCUCAGGCCUGGGGCCGGUGGGCCUCCAGCAGUCUCCUGGGGACUCACAGGCCCCUCUGUCUGCAGGGGACUGGCCGGAGCUGCGGCUGGUGGGUGGCUCAGGACGGUGCUCAGGACGUGUGGAGGUCCUGCACCAGGGGGCCUGGGGCACCGUGUGCGACGACCUGUGGGACCUGAACGAAGCCGAGGUCGUGUGUCGGCAGCUGGGGUGUGGUCGGGCCAUGUCCGCCCUCGGGAAGGCCCACUUCGGCCCGGGUUCUGGAGACAUCUUCCUGGACAACCUGCAGUGUGCCGGGGUGGAGCGCUACCUGGGCCAGUGUGCCCACUCGGGCUGGUCGGAGCACAACUGCGGCCACCACGAGGAUGCUGGGGUCAUCUGCUCAGAUUCAAAAGACCUGCCUCCUCCCACACCUCCAGGUCGUUCCACAGCGUCUCAGGAUCAUGUAACAGGAGAAAGGAACUCUUGUGGAGGGGUCAUUUCUAGUCUCUCUGGCUCAUUUUCCAGUCCACUGUAUCCGGAAAACUACCCAACAGACAUCCAGUGUGUGUGGGAGAUCCAUGUGGAUAAGAAGUUCCGCAUAGAACUCAUGAUUCCAACUCUGAAACUGGAAGAUAUCCUUGGAUGCCCGUCCGACUCAGUAGAAAUCUUCGAUGGCCCCAGGAUCGCCUCACUCUCCAUGGGGAAGUUCUGUGCCUCAGCGGCUGUGAUGUUUUUCUCCUCCUCUGACAUCCUGACUGUGGUGUUCCGAAGUGAUUCCAUGAUCACCAACACUGGCUUUUAUGCUCUGUUCAAUGCGAUACCCCAGGGCAGAAGAGAGUCAGAUGAGCCAGAGCUGCAGCUGGUGGAUGGUUCUGAACAGUGCUCCGGACAUAUCGAAAUCCUGCACCAGGGAGCCUGGAGCACGUGUGACGAACUGUGGGACCUGAAUGAAGCAGGGGUCGUGUGCUGGCAGCUGGGGUGCGGUUGGGCCAUCGCUGCCCCAGGAAAGGCCCACUUCGGCCUGGGCUCUGGAGACAUCCUCCUGGACAACCUGCAGAGUUCGGGGAGCGAGAGCCACCUUGGCCAGUGCCCCAGUUCCGGCUGGUCAGACCCCAGCUGUGGUCACCAUGAGAAUGCUGGCGUCAUCUGCUCAGCUACCUAUGUGACUCCUGCACCCCCAGGAGGAAGUAGCUCCUGUGGGGGUGUCAUUUCAAGUCUGUCAGGAUCCUUCUCCAGUCCCCGGUACCCAACCAACUACCCCACUGAUGUGGAGUGUGUCUGGGUGAUCCACCUGGCCGAGAAGUACCGCGUAGAGCUGACGAUCCCCACCCUGAAGUAA